AUGGCGGCGUCGCUCCCGCGACCUGGGAAUCGGCUCUUCCGAACGUAUGGGGCUGCGGGCGGCGGGGGGCCGCGGCGGCGACCCGGCAGGGCAGCGGCGCAGUGGUUCCCGCCGAAAGACCGGAAGCGUUUAUUCAGCAGCAGCAGUAGCAGCGACGCCAGCAGCGGCGGCCCCUCGCGCUCUAUCGCUUCCGACGAUCCCGACGACCCAGACUUCCUCGGCUUUCCGGUGGGCCGACGGCGGAGGGGCCCUGGCGGUCGAGUCUCCGAGGACCGGCCGAGUCUGAUCGCGACCCCAAGACGCUUGAGGCUGCGAGCUCGGCCUCCGCAGAACUGCAGCACCCCCUGCGGGCCGCUCGAACCGCCGCCCUUCUCUAACGGCAACCCGUGCCUACUGAGCCCGGACCUCAGUGCGUGCAGCCGGCCCGGGGACGGCGGCGAGCUGGGCACCAGUGCCUCCCUGUUCAGCAGUCUGGCCUCUCCUGGCCCCGGCCUCCCAGCGCCAGGAGACAGUGCCCUCGGGACCGGCCCCGCCGCCUCUUUGGAUGCAGCCUCUGAAGUUCCGAGUGGCUUGCACCUCCCAGCAGCCUCCCUGGACCCAGCAUCCCUCCACCGCCUCCAGGAGGCAGCAACAGGAGGAGGCAGGUUCACUAGGUUGGCCCACCAAGCCCAUGCCAACCUCAGGUCAGCUCUCUUUAGUGUCACGGACUCUGGAAACCCUGAGGAUUCUGAGAGUGGGGCAGUUGGGAGGAAUAUGAGGGAGUCUUGCUGUGAAAUGGAACAGACGGGGAAGGGGCUGGAGAGGCCAGGUUUUUCAAGCAUGGGUAAGAAGAGGGCCACAGACCAGGGCUGUUGUCAACAGAUUGGGUCUCAAGGGGCUGCCCAGAUAGACUCCGAGGAGGCAGAUGGUUGCAAGGGCUGUAUUGUACCUGGGGAAAUCAACAGGCCUGAGAGAACUGGGCCUAGUCGAAAAAGGAAACUGCAGGAAACAGUAGAAACCUCCCUUCUCCAUUACCACCAGUUUAAGAGGGACCAAAAGAGGGAAAAAGACUCAUCCCUCACCCAGGACCUGACUCAUUUACAGAAUGCCUCUUGGACCAAAGCCAGGGCUUCCUUCAGUUUCCACAAGAAGAAGAUGGUGACUGCUGUGUCGGAAGUAUGCAGUAGCUACACCGUUGCCAGUUCUCUCUCUGAGUCCCUCAUCUCUGAAUAUCCAAACCCUCCUGUUACGAACAGAACAAAUAGUGCCGUGUCUCCUUGGAACUGCUCUUCCAUGUAUUUGCUAACCCCGUUUAAGACACUACAUGUCACAGACAAAAAGGUAUCAGAUGCUGAAAAGGUUUACGGGGAAUGCAAUCAGGAGGGCCCUAUCCCCUUUAGCAAUUGCCUUUCCACAGAAAAAUUGGAAUGCUGUCAGAAGAUUGGAGAAGGGGUGUUUGGUGAAGUGUUUCAAACAAUUGUUAAUCACACACCUGUUGCCCUAAAAAUCAUUGCUAUUGAAGGACCAGAUUUGGUCAACGGAGCCCAUCAGAAAACUUUUGAGGAAAUUCUGCCGGAGAUCAUCAUCUCCAAAGAGUUGAGCCUUUUGUCUGAUGAGAUACACAACCGUACAGAAGGCUUUAUUGGUUUGAAUUCGGUGCACUGUGUUCAAGGAUCUUACCCUCCCUUGCUCCUCAGAGCCUGGGACCAUUAUAACUCAACUAAAGGGUCUGCAAAUGACCGGCCUGACUUUUUUGAGGAAGACCAGCUCUUCAUUGUGCUGGAAUUUGAGUUUGGAGGGAUUGACUUAGAGCAAAUGAGAACGAAGUUGUCCUCCAUGGCUACUGCAAAGAGCAUUCUACACCAGAUCACAGCAUCUCUCGCAGUGGCCGAGGCAUCCCUGCACUUUGAGCACCGAGACUUACACUGGGGGAAUGUGCUCUUAAAGAAAACCAGCCUCAAAGAGCUCCAGUACACCCUCAACGGGAACACGAGCACUAUCCCCACCCGUGGACUACAAGUCAAUAUCAUUGACUACACCCUGUCACGGUUGGAACGGGAUGGGAUCGUGGUGUUCUGUGACAUUUCCAUGGAUGAGGACCUAUUUACAGGUGAAGGUGACUACCAGUUUGAGAUCUACAGGCUAAUGAGGAAGGAGAACAACAACUGCUGGGGUGAAUAUCACCCUUAUAAUAAUGUGCUCUGGCUCCAUUACCUCACAGAUAAGAUUCUGAAACAGAUGACCUUCAAGAUUAAAUGUAACACCCCCGCCAUGAAGCAAAUGAAGAGAAAGAUCCAGCAUUUCUAUAGGACAAUGCUGAAUUUCAGGUCUGCCACUGACCUGCUCUGCCAACACAGUCUGUUUAAGUAA